UCCUAGGGACCCCUGCUCUCCCUCCCAGCCACUCACCCCUCUUCCCCUGUCUCUUUGAUCUUCUUCCUGUGCUGGUCCGGCCUCCGAUGCCUGUCCCCAGGACAGAAUGACUGAGAACAUGAAGGAGUGCUUGGCCCACACCAAGGCGACUGUUGGGGACAUGGUGACAGUAGUGAAGACAGAGAUCUGCUCACCACUCCGGGACCAGGAGUAUGGCCAGCCCUGCUCUAGGAGACCGGAGCCCACUUCCAUGGAAGUUGAACCCAAGAAGCUGAAGGGAAAGCGUGACCUCAUUGUGACCAAAAGCUUCCAGCAAGUGGACUUCUGGUUCUGUGAGUCCUGCCAAGAGUACUUCGUGGACGAGUGCCCGAGCCACGGUCCCCCCGUGUUUGUGUCCGACACGCCAGUGCCUGUGGGCAUCCCGGAUCGGGCAGCCCUUACCAUUCCACAGGGCAUGGAGGUGGUAAAGGAACCUGGUGGGGAGAGCGAUGUGCGGUGUAUAAAUGAGGUCGUCCCCAAGGGUCACAUCUUUGGCCCCUAUGAGGGGCAGAUCUCUACCCAGGACAAGUCAGCUGGCUUCUUCUCAUGGUUGAUUGUGGACAAGAACAACCGCUACAAGUCCAUAGAUGGGUCAGACGAGACCAAAGCCAACUGGAUGAGGUACGUGGUCAUUUCCCGGGAGGAGAGGGAGCAGAACCUCCUGGCAUUCCAGCACAGCGAGCACAUCUACUUUCGGGCAUGCAGAGACAUCCGGCCUGGAGAGUGGCUGCGGGUCUGGUACAGCGAGGACUACAUGAAGCGCCUGCAUAGUAUGUCCCAGGAAACCAUCCACCGCAACCUGACCCGGGGAGAGAAGAGGUUGCAGAGGGAGAAGGCUGAGCAAGCCCUGGAUAAUCCAGAAGACCUAAGGGGUCCUGUGUUGAGACAGGGCCGAAGUCCCUACAAGCGCAGCUUUGAGGAGGGGGACAUGCACCCUCAGGCCAAGAAGAAGAAAAUAGACCUCAUCUUCAAGGAUGUACUAGAAGCCUCACUGGAGUCCGCUAACAUGGAAGCCCGCCAGCUGGCCCUGAGCACCUCUCUGGUCAUCCGGAAAGUCCCCAAGUACCAGGACGAUGACUACGGUCGGAGUGCAGCUGCCAUGACACAAGGCAUACAGAAUAUCCGUCGGACCCAGGGGGAAGGGGACUGGAAGGUCCCCCAAAGGGCGGCCAGAGGACUAGGCCCAUUGGAGGAUGAAGAGGAGGAGCCUACGUCAUUCAAGGCUGACAGCCCUGCUGAGGCCUCUCUGGCAUCCGACCCCCAUGAGCUGCCCACCACCUCCUUUUGCCCUAACUGCAUUCGCCUGAAGAAGAAAGUGCAGGAAUUGCAGGCAGAGCUAGAUAUGCUUAAGUCCGGGAAGCUGCCUGAGCCCCCCAUUCUGCCACCGCAGGUACUGGAGCUCCCUGAGUUCUCAGAUCCUGUAGCCUCGGAGAGCAUGGUCUCUGGCCCUGCCGUCAUGGAGGAUGAUGACCAGGAAGUGGAUUCUGCAGAUGAGUCCGUCUCCAACGAUGUGAUGACAGCCGCGGAUGAACCCUCCAAGAUGUCCUCCGCCACCGGACGCCGCAUCCGGCGCUUCAAGCAGGAGUGGCUGAAGAAAUUCUGGUUCCUUCGCUACUCCCCGACCCUCAACGAGAUGUGGUGCCACGUGUGCCGCCAGUACACGGUGCAGUCCUCGCGCACUUCCGCCUUCAUCAUCGGCUCCAAGCAGUUUAAGAUCCACACCAUCAAGCUGCACAGCCAGAGCAACCUGCAUAAGAAGUGUCUGCAGCUGUACAAGCUGCGCAUGCACCCGGAGAAGACUGAGGAGAUGUGCCGCAACAUGACCCUGCUCUUCAACACCGCCUACCACCUGGCCCUGGAGGGCAGGCCCUACCUGGACUUCCGACCGCUAGCAGAGCUGCUGAGAAAGUGUGAGCUCAAGGUGGUAGACCAGUACAUGAACGAGGGGGACUGCCAGAUCCUCAUCCAUCACAUCGCCCGGGCACUGAGGGAGGACCUGGUAGAGCGCAUCCGUCAGUCACCCUGCCUCAGCAUCAUCCUGGACGGGCAGAGCGAUGACCUUCUCGCGGACACAGUGGCCGUCUAUGUGCAGUACACCAGCAGUGACGGGCCCCCAGCCACGGAAUUCCUAUCUCUGCAGGAGCUGGGCUUCUCCAGCACAGAAAGCUAUCUCCAGGCGCUUGAGCGAGCCUUUGCUGCUCUGGGCAUCCGCUUACAGGACGAGAAGCCAACCGUCGGCCUGGGAGUGGAUGGGGCCAACAUCACCGCCAGCUUGCGUGCCAGCAUGUUCAUGACCAUCCGCAAGACACUGCCCUGGCUGCUGUGCCUGCCCUUCAUGGUGCACCGGCCCCACCUUGAGAUCCUGGAUGCCAUCAGUGGCAAGGAGCUGCCCUGCCUGGAGGAGCUGGAGAACAACCUGAAGCAGCUACUCAGUUUCUACCGCUACUCACCACGACUCAUGGGUGAGCUGCGCUCCACGGCCUCCACCCUGUGCGAAGAGACCGAGUUUCUGGGGGACAUCCGUGCCGUGAGGUGGAUCAUUGGGGAGCAGAAUGUCCUGAAUGCCCUCAUCAAGGACUACCUGGAAGUGGUGGCCCACCUCAAGGACGUCAGCAGCCAGACACAGCGGGCAGACGCGUCAGCCAUCGCCCUGGCCCUGCUGCAGUUCCUCAUGGACUAUCAGUCCAUCAAGCUCAUUUACUUCCUGCUGGAUGUGAUCGCGGUGCUCUCACGCCUGGCCUACAUCUUCCAGGGAGAGUAUCUCCUGGUGUCCCAGGUGGACGACAAGAUCGAGGAGGCCAUCCAGGAGAUCAGCAGGCUUGCGGACUCCCCAGGGGAGUACCUGCAGGAAUUUGAGGAGAAUUUCCGAGAGAGCUUCAACGGGAUCGCCGUAAAGAACCUCAGGGUGGCCGAGGCUAAGUUCCAGUCCAUCAGGGAGAAGAUCUGCCAGAAGACUCAGGUCAUUCUGGCGCAGAGGUUCGAUUCCCGAAGCCGGGUCUUCGUGAAGGCCUGCCAAGUGUUCGACCUAGCCGUCUGGCCCAGGAACAGCGAAGAGCUCCUGAGCUUCGGCAAGGAAGACAUGGUUCAGAUCUUCGACCACUUGGAAGCCAUUCCUACCUUCUCCCGGGAUGUGUGCCGGGAAGGGGUGGACCCCCGGGGGAGCCUGCUGAUGGAGUGGAGAGACCUCAAGGCUGAUUACUAUACCAGAAAUGGCUUUAAAGACCUCAUCAGUCACAUCUGCAAGUACAAGCAGAGGUUUCCGCUCUUGAACAAGAUCAUUCAGGUCCUCAAAGUCCUCCCCACCUCCACGGCCUGCUGCGAGAAAGGCCGUAGUGCCCUCCAGCGGGUCCGCAAAAACCACCGCUCCCGCCUGACCCUAGAGCAGCUCAGUGACCUGUUGACAAUUGCUGUGAACGGACCACCCAUCGCCAACUUCGAUGCCAAGCGAGCUCUGGACAGCUGGUUUGAGGAGAAGUCUGGCAACAGCUACACGCUGUCAGCCGAGGUCCUCAGUAGGAUGUCUGCUCUGGAGCAGAAGCCCAUGCUGCAGGCUGUGGACCACGGCUCUGAGUUCUACCCAGACAUGUAGGGGGCCUGCACUGCAGAGGUCACAAAGCCGGUGAAUAUUUUUUUAAUCUAUACUCUUAAGCUUUGAUAUAUUAUAUAAAUAUAUAUUAUAUUAUAUUAUAUUAUAUAUAUAUAUAUAUAAACCCACACUGAAAAUUUUUUAAAAACCAAGGUGAUGUGUCCACCGGAAGCUACUGACAGCUUUCAGAAAGGAGCGAUGUCGGCAACGGACUCUUGUCUCCACACUCGGCAGCUGCAGCCUACAUGGCAACUCAUCUUCGCUCACAGGAGCGCGUUCGGGGGGCCACACGUGUUCCCACCCAACGGUCAAAGCGGCAUAAGCUAAAUGGCAAUUCUCUUUGUCACUUUUAGGUGGCUUUGUUCCGUUUCUGUUAUCAUGUAUCGGUUGAGGGGCUGGGGUUUGGGGUGACGUUCUCGCCUUCUCCUUUUUGGUAUGGUUUUAUGACUAGGGGGUGGUGGGGCGGGGGGCUUGUGGUCUCCUCACUGACGUUCUGUUCCGGUCCAGUUACAUUGCGUCCAGGUUUCCAUGGGGUGAAUCGGAUUUCUGGAUCGGACUCUCUGGCCUUUCUCUCGUCGCUUGACUUCAGCUUGGGAGGUCUUUCUUUGUUCAUUUUUCCGAAUGAACAUAUCACCUGUCCCAACAACCAAUGUAUCAGUCCCCCUCAACUGUGAACCCACCACACUCCUCCAGGCCGCCCUCCCCUCCCUAGGUUGUCAGUUCCCUUCUUCGGCCUCUGGAGGCUAAAGAUAUCAGCGGUUACACUGAAGGCAACUUUCCUUUUCCACAUUGAGCUUGAAAUCUGGUGAGCAGGGGGAGAAGUAAGCUUUGUGCCCCAGCAGAGAAUAAAACAUUGUAUUUCCAUUCAGAUGUAGGGCUGUUGGGGAAACAGUGAGCCGAGAAAUCUAAACCCCAACAGGACUGCAGUUUUGGCUAAAAACAAGUAAGGUGAAAAGUGUAUAUUUAACUUCCACAAAUCACUUGUAUUUUGUCUUUAUAAUUAUGAAAUGUGGUGGUGGGGUUUGGGUUUCUUUUAGUAAUCAAGGAGCAGCUGUUUUGUCGUUCAAGGGCAGAAUCCGUCAAUGCAAGUCAAGUCCUGGGCUGUACGGAAGUCAGAUGAGAGUCCAUAGAGAGGCUGUUCCUUUUGCAACAGGCUGAUGGUAUGCUCUGCAGCCCGGCAGAAAGGUCGCAAGAUGCCGGACAGAGUUUCUCUGCCUAUGAACAGUUUCCUAUUUUGAAUAGAGUUGAAGUGUCCUAAAGAAAAGGAGAAAACAGGAAGCGAGACAGGAUUCUCAAGGUACAAACAUGUAUGCACACCUACACACACACACACACACACACACACACACACACACACACACACACACACACUCUGCAGCUACAGUAUAAGCUUUAGAAAUGGCCGCUUGCCUCCCCCGACCCUGGGGGCGGACAGUGGUUUAAGCUAGAGGAGUCUGACCAAUGUUCACUUAUCUACCAGUAUACCUCGAAAAGAGUUUUCAGAAACGUGCGUGAGCUGUCGUAAACUUCCUCCCUGUUUCCACAUCCAAUUUGUGCAGUCUAUGCAGAUCCCAGAAUGUGGAUCCGGGUUGUCUACGGGGAAGGGAGGGAGAUCUGAAGUACCUGCCCAUGGUCAGUUCUGCAGAGAACUGUACCUCUCCUUCAGUGGGGGUAUUAGAGAUCUAACCACAGGCAAGGCCCCCAUGCCCUCGACCUGCCUAGCUGGGCCUACAACUCUGUGGUGGCUUCCUUCCGUCUGGGUUCGUCUCGUCUCUGAGGCCUCAUGGAAAUGUCAUUAACACUGAACAUGUUGCUACCCUUUCCUGGUUCUGCAGUCUGUCCGUCCUCCCUCAGAUCCUCCCUCUGCCUCCGUGGUCUUGGUGCUAAGAUAACUUUAGAAUCAUUGCUGCUAGCCAAUAGCUUUUCAUGAUAUAAAUAUAUUAUAUAUAUAUAUAUAUAUUAUAUAUUAUUUUUGAAAUGUUUUUGUUUUCAAGAGUGAUGUAGCAUGUUAAAACAAGAAACAAAACUAAACAAACGAGAAGCUGGGUCUUUCCAACUGUCCCACUGCCAGGUCUCUUAUGCUGCCUUCUACAACCAGUUGAGAUACCCUGCCUGGUGACUUCCAUCCCUCACCUCACUCUGGUCCCCAUCUCAACUCCUCGCCCUCUGAGCAGGGAGAGUUAGCAGGAACUAGGGAAGGAAAACCCAAAGCCCCCUUCGGAGGCCUGGGAAUCCCCAGCCUCAUCCCACUUGCCGGCUCUGAGCUGGUGUCUCCCUCCAUCUGCUCCUCCCGCUCCUAGUCAAAGCCUAGCUGGAGCCACAUGGGCCGCCGUUGUGAAGCACAAGGUCUCCCACUUGCCCGGCUCCUGCCCUGGGACCUCAUCUCCUCACAGACACAGACUUUACUCCGCGGAGUUUUCAUUGAGAGCUGAAUGGACCAAGGUGGGUUCAGAGUAGGGAUGGCUGGCAAGGCAGGUGGGUCUCUCGUGGGCAGCCUGCGGGCAUAAAUGGUGGCCUGGGCCUUUCCUCUUGCCAACAGUUGCCUUACACGUCUCCUCCCCAGUGCAGGGGGCUUCCUUCACCUGGGAAGGGCCCUCUCCGGGAUGGCCCUCGGCCAGACAUGAAGCCAGGACUGACUGUCCACUCCCAAGAGGUUGUGGCUGAGCAAACUCGAGUCCUCAGCCAUAGAGACAGGGUCUGACAUCCCAAGCCAACGUUACCUGAACCUCUUUAAGGUGCCCAGGAGCAGUGGACCUGCCUUGAGGCCUCCAUGAACGAACUGUUCCCACAGCACAUGGCUGCUAACAGUUGCCAAUUCUCUGGUCCUCUGUCUCCCCCACCCUCCCCCUAUUCUCUGCUGCAAUGGCCUCUGCCUCAGAGCCGCUGAGAAGCUGAGCUCUCGUACUGGCUUACAUUCGGCUAGGUGCCUCUGAAACUCUGGGAGCUGGUGACUCUGGUUUUGCCUCAGGAUGAUGAGUGACUAAGGAACGAUGUGGAUGAACUCCACACACAGUCUUUUCUCAGCUUGGAUGCUCCCUGGGAGGGCCAGGGCUUCUGCCUAGGGAAUUUCGUUUGUGAGGCCCUGUGAUUUCAGGCCUAGGCAUUUCUCCUGCGCCCGUUGGAGAAGGGCUCGGGUUGACCCACACUUCUGGUCUGCCCGGCUCUCCUCAUAUCUCGGCUGGUGUAACAGACUGUGGAGAGUCGGCCUAGCAGCAUACAUGCAGUUGUUUCUGAUGGGACAGGGCCCUGUAACUCAGUCCCUGGUGCAGAAGUGAGAGUCGUGGGCAUAGAAUGAAUGUGUCUGUGGGGCUGGCACUUAUUCACUCUGGGCUGACUAAUAGUGACUUUCAUUGGCUCACGGUGAGAGUAGGAGGUGAGAUGGUAUUGAAGAUUGGGGCUGGUGGCUGUUGUGCCAACCGGGUACCAUGCAGAACCAUAUGGUUGAAAUGUUCUCCUGAGCAAAGGGAAGCAAUGACCACUUAGCAUGUGUGAGACAGGAGGCCUGCUCAGCCCCGUGGGCAGCUCCUGCCCAGGGAGAAUCCCUGCAGGGACAGCAGAGUCCAGGCAUCAGAAGUGGCAGCACUUUAGUUUUAUAAUGUCGGCUUGUGGCAUCUCAUGAUGCCAGGUACGUCCGCCUUGCCCCAUCCUCACUGGGGAAUGAGAGCCCACUGAGCUCCAGGAUCCUCUGUAGCCAAGUUCUUCCUGGAGCCCUUGAGUGUGAGGUGCCUGGAGCCCCUGUCCUCUGCUCAGGCUCUGUGUUCCCAACUUGAGUUGGUUUGCUGAGGUUUCUCGUUGGCUUGUUCGUACCAGACCUUUGAUUUUGCGCAAAGACCCUGGAGUGACUUAAAACACCUCCUAAGUGUUUUUCAUUUGUUUGGAGGAAGAGAAACGGAGGAAGGUGUGAAGGUGGACAUGGCCGUAGAGAGAUGGAAAUGGACUUGAGAUGUUACCCAGCCUGAGCUUGAGGGCUGCAUCCCGUUGCUGCCUACCUGGAGCUAGAUGGGGACCAGGAGAGGCCACAUGGGUUGAAGUCUGAUUUCUGUCUUCUAGAACACACCUUUGUUUUUCACUUCUGCCUCCAGGGAAAUAGGAAUUUGGCAUCCUAACCUGUUUUCAAUGUGUGGUCUGUGCUAAAUCACAGGUCAGAUUUGUGCUU